CGUGCAAAUGGAUGCAGCGAUGAACUCCGGACACAAUUUCACGUAAAACACCACAAUUAAUCUUCAUCAAACGUCACUGAAAAAGUGGUGAAGCAGCAGCAGUAGCAUCAUGUUGGCCCGCAAAGGUCUGCUGCCGGACGGGUUCCUGUUGACCCGAUUGGCCGAGGAUCAGAACCAACUGAAGAGCACCCGGAUCCGAGCCCAGAGAGCGCGCUUCAUCACCAAGACAGGCUCCUGCAACGUGGCCCACAAGAACAUCAGGGAGCAGGGCCGUUUUCUGCAGGAUGUGUUCACGACGAUGGUGGAUCUGAAAUGGCAGCACUCAUUCCUGAUUUUCACCUCAGCAUUCCUCUGCUCCUGGAUGCUCUUUGCGAUGGUGUGGUGGCUUUUGGCCUUCGCUCACGGAGAUCUGGAGCCACGCGACCCCAAUGGAGAGCCCGGCCCGGUGCCCUGUGUCACCGCUAUCCACUCAUUCACCUCCGCAUUCCUCUUCUCCAUAGAGGUUCAGGUCACGAUUGGGUUCGGCGGGCGCAUGGUGACAGAGGAGUGUCCGAUGGCGAUCACAGUCCUCAUCAUUCAGAACAUCCUGGGCCUCAUCAUAAACGCCGUGAUGCUCGGGUGUGUUUUCAUGAAGACGGCGCAGGCCAACCGUCGAGCAGAGACUCUCAUCUUCUCCAGAAACGCCGUGAUCGCACCUCGAAACGGACGGCCCACCUUCAUGUUCAGAGUGGGAGAUCUGAGGAAGAGUAUGAUCAUCUCUGCCACUAUUCAGCUGCAGGUGAUCCGGCGCACAGUGACCACAGAGGGAGAGGUGAUCCCCGUGUGCCAGCUGGACAUCCAGGUGGAGAACCCUCUGAGGUCCAACGGGAUCUUCCUGGUGUCUCCUCUGAUCAUCAGCCACACCAUCGACCGCGGCAGCCCCCUCUACGAGAUGUCCGCCCACAGCCUGGCUGCAGAGGACCUGGAGAUCAUCGUCAUACUGGAAGGAGUGGUGGAGACGACUGGGAUCACCAUGCAGGCGCGCACUUCCUACACUCCCGACGAGAUCCUGUGGGGGCGCCGUUUCGUCUCCAUCAUCACAGAGGAAGACGGGCGCUACUGCGUGGACUACUCAAAGUUUGGGAACACGGUGCCCAUCCGAAUGCCCUCGCUGAGCGCCAAAGACCUGGACCAGACCCGAGGGGUACAGGACAGCGGGGACGACACACAUCUACAGGGCUGGGGUUUGGUGCGGGCCGGCAGAGGAGGAUUCAGGAGAGGGAGAGGAGGAGGAGAGAGCACACAGCCCUGGUACGCUCCGGUGCAGCCCCCGGUACAAACUCCACAUUCUGAACCAGCGCACAGCAUUCUGAAAGACCACCAGCAGGGAGCACUGUCUCCUCCCAACGAGGGGGAGCCAGGGGAGCGGAGAGGACAGAAGAAGACUGUGACGCUGGAGGUGAUUGGACGACAAAUAGAAGAGGACUCACUCGGAGAAAUCAGCGACUAAACCGGGACUAAACUUGAACUAAAACCGGAUUAAACAUGGAAAACCUAAACCGGGACUAAGCAAGAUCUAUAAGCAGGAUCAAACCAGGACUAUGUCAGAACUAAGCAAGAUUAAAAUGUGAUUAAACCUAGACCAAAACAAGAAUAAAUAAGAACUAUAUACACAUGAUCAAACCAGGCCUAUACUAAGACUAGAUUAAGGAAGAACAAGAACUACUAACAAGAACUAACAAGAACAAGAACAACUUUUGCAGUACCUUGGAUUUAAAUUAUGACAGAACCUGGACUAAACCAGGUCUAAGUAAGGCCUAUAAGUAGGACUAUAUAAUAUUAGAGUAAACCAUGACUAAAGGAAUAAUACAACAGUACUAGAUAUGGACUAAAACAGGAAUAAACCAGGACUAAACCAAAGCAAAGACUGUAAAAACUAAACCAGCAAAGGUCUAUGACUAAACCAUCAUUAAUUGCCAGUCUAAAAAUGGACCAAAACAGAACUAAAUCAGACCUGAACGAGACUAAACUGGGUUUUAUAGCCAUAUACCUCGAGUGUAUAGUAUUUAUGUAUGAUUAUUCUCUUCCUCUAAAAGUGUUUGACAUCUUGCCUAGGUUUUUUUUUUCUCUCUUUUUUUUUAUUGGGGUGAAGUUUAUUGAUAUUUUGCAGUGACAUCAUGCUGGGGGUGUUCAUUCUGUGGCAGAAUGUUCAGCAAUUACCAUGGUCACACAAUGCACACAUAAGCAAAUGCAGACAAAGUGUUAAGAACAACUCAAACUGAACACUGAACAAAAUGGGUUUAAACAUCUCAUUUCAAGAGCCUGUGAUAAAACGAGAUGUUUGAUUUUUAACCAAAAAGGUGAGAGUGUGAAAGUGUUACUAAUGCUGCUGUGCUUGUGACUGUCAUCUAAUGUGUGAGGGACUUGUUUAACAGCACAAAUCAGCUCACCAAAUCAGUUCUUUAUGAUUGUGUCAAAACUUUGAUUAAGUCCAAUUUGAGUAACAGAGGUUUUACCAGAGUAGUUCUUCAGAGGGAAUCUUGUUGACACCAGCUGCAAAGUAUCAAUAAUUGUAUUUCCUGGUUGGACAUGGGCAUCAUGUAUGAUAGGGGUGAGCAGUUCUUUUUUUUUUCAUGGGGCCACAUGAGAAACUGAAAAUAUUGUGGAGGCCAGGCUAAAAUGCUUAACUCAAUUCUGCAUAAUAUUAAUGGUCUUCCUUUAUAAAAAGCAGUGAAUAGCAUUGUUUUGACAAGCUGCUCAGACUGGGAGGAGUUUAUGUUAUGACCAAGCAAUGAAAAAGUGAGGUCUUCUUACAAAAUUGUCAAUAAAAGCAAUGCAGCUUUAGUCCGUGUAUGAGGUCAAAUGAUAAAAUAUGUUUAUUUUGCUAUUCCAAAUGAGCUUAAAGGGGCCAGUUAGAGUCAAACAAAGUGUGUAUGUGGCCCCGGAGCUGGACAAUCCCCAGGUCUGAGAUAUGACAUACGUAGAGGUAAUUCCAUUUCUGUUACCUAGCAACCUAAAUUGAAGAAUAGUUAGGAUUAAAAAAUAAAUGAUGUCUUUAUUUUGUUGAAGGGUUAAACUGCCAGGAAAAAAAAUACAUUCCGUGUGCAUAAACUGUCCCUGCAUUUUGGAUGGAAUAUUUUGUAUUAAUGACAUAGAGGUAUUUUGUUUUAGAAGUCAGCUCUACUUUGUGUCUUUUUUUCUUCCAACAUUUUCCACAAACCAGUUAAUCAAUGUAAAACUAUGAUCAAUAACCAAUUAAUAUUAGAAUAACAUGAAACCCUGUUAGAUGCAUUGUACACCUCUUAAAAUAGUUUAACACAUCCCUUGUUUCUUGUAAUACUGAUAAACGUUGAGUCAUGUCCAUAUUUUUUUGUGUCUAAUAUUUUCCAAAGCACAGUCGACUGAUGAUGUUCUUGUAUAAAUGUAACAGCAAAACUGGCUCAAACCAACAGCACAGUGACUUUUAAACCGCAAAACACUAACUUAUG